UGAGUGAUACCUUAAUAAUAAUUUUAGUGGGGAGUUUUUGUUUUGAAAAAAAAGUUGUGAGUAGAAUACCUUAAGACAGGAACACCAGAGACCAAAGUAUUAUUCGAAAACAACCGAACCUGCUUUAACUAUUCAUCUUUCAAGUAUGAUCGAUCAUGCAACUGAAAACAUCGUCCACCUUUGUCGGAUACAUCCAAAUUAGCAAUACAGUUUAUUUAGACAAUAAAAUUCUGUUUGUCUCUGUCUAACAUAUCUGAAACUUCAUUAAAAAUAUUCACAAGUCCCUGUCGUUUGUCUUUACUGCAUAUUAAAAUGAUGACGUAAUCGUCAUCUUUCGUGCUUUCGACUAUAAUACUGAGUUAUAGAAUAGAAAAGGAAAAAGUAACUAGCUACUUUUGUGUACCGUUCCAUACCGCACAUCUCUAGCCGAUGCAUGUGACAGGUGUAGUUGACUUUGAUGAGUAGUUCCUGAGCCGAGUUCACUUUUCAUUGCCAUAUAUGGCAAACAUAACCGCUAUUGCAUUUUACAGAUUUUUCAGAUAGUCGGCGACUAGAAAAACUGUAAAAAGUUUACAAAGAAUUGUACAAGUCACCUCGCUUCCAAUCGAAUUUCUUAGGUAUAUUUUAUACGCAAAGCUCAGAGUCGUAAACCUAGUUUUUGUAAAUAUGUCAUACUCCUGCAAAAGUAUAUAUUCAACUUUACCAAGGACCCAAAGAGGCCAACCACUUGUUUUGGGUGGUGACCCCAAAGGAAAGAACUUUUUGUAUACAAAUGGAAACUCUGUAAUCAUAAGGAACAUAGAGAAUCCUGCCAUUUCUGAUGUUUAUACUGAGCAUUCUUGCACAGUGAAUGUUGCAAAGUAUUCACCAAGUGGUUUCUACAUAGCUUCUGGAGAUCAGUCUGGCAAGGUCCGUAUUUGGGACACUGUAAACAAAGAACACAUCCUGAAAAAUGAAUUCCAUCCAUUUGGGGGUCCUAUCAAGGACAUCGCUUGGUCGCCCGACAACCAGCGCAUGGUUGUAGUGGGUGAAGGACGAGAGCGUUUUGGGCAUGUGUUUAUGUCUGAAACCGGAACUUCUGUUGGUGAAAUAUCUGGCCAAUCAAAGCCCAUCAACUCUUGCGACUUUAGGCCAGCUAGACCAUUUAGGAUCAUCACUGGGUCCGAGGAUAAUACCAUUGCUAUUUUUGAAGGGCCUCCAUUCAAGUUCAAGAUGACCAAACAGGAACACAGCCGUUUCGUACAAGCCGUGCGCUACUCCCCGCAAGGAAACCUAUUCGCCUCGGCUGGGUUCGACGGCAAGGUGUACCUCUACGACGGAGUGUCUUCCGACCUUGUGGGGGAAGUGGGUGCCCCGGCGCAUUCUGGGGGCGUCUACGCCGUAGCGUGGAGCCCAGAUGGCAAGCAACUGCUUACUGCCAGCGGAGAUAAGACUGCCAAGCUUUGGGAUGUUGAGACUAGGGAAAUGGUAUCUGAGUUUGUCAUGGGGACUACUGUGGAGGAUCAGCAGGUAUCGUGCCUUUGGCAAAACAGUUACCUCCUGACCGUCUCCCUCAGCGGUUUCAUCAACUAUCUUGAUGUGAACGAUCCGACUAAACCUCUCCGCAUAGUGAAAGGCCACAAUAAGCCCCUCACUUCGCUGACUCUGAGCGAGGAUCGCUCCACCAUCUUCACUGCCUCACACGAUGGAUGCGUGACGAGAUGGAAUGCGGAAACUGGAGAAAAUGAUCGAGUCCAAGGCACGGGCCAUGGUAACCAGGUGAACGGCAUGAAAGUCAUGGAUGGUACACUGUACACAUGCGGCAUCGAUGAUAGCUUGAGGCAGGUCGAUAUUGAAGGUAACACGUACAAGGCACAAUCACUGAAACUGGGCUCUCAGCCAAAGGGAAUGGACGUUCUGAAAGAACAAAAUCUGAUAGUGACUGCCAGUAUAAAUGAAAUAACUGUAUCCAAAGAUAAUCAAAAGGUUAGCACGCUUAAAGUUGGUUAUGAGCCUACCAGCGUCGCUUGUUCUCCCAAAGGACAUGUAGCUGUUGGCGGAAAUAUGGACAAUAGAGUGCAUAUUUAUGAGUUACAGAACAAUAAUUUGAAUCAGUUGCACGAACUGGAACACUUGGGACCUGUAAUGGAUGUAGCAUAUUCACCAGAUGAUAAGUACUUGGUAGCAAGUGAUGCUCAUAGAAAAGUGAUACUAUAUAGUACUGAUGAAUAUAAGGUUGCCAAUACUCAAGAAUGGGGCUUCCAUAAUGCUCGUGUCAACUGUGUGGCCUGGUCUCCAGACUCCCUAUUGGUAGCUAGUGGCAGUUUGGAUACCAGUAUCAUAAUUUGGCAUGUUGAGAAACCUUCCAAGCAUAUUAUAAUAAAAAAUGCUCAUGCUCAAAGCCAGGUGACUAGACUCGCCUGGGUCGAUAAUCAAACUCUGGUCUCAGUAGGACAGGACUGCAACACCAAACUGUGGACGAUCACGCCCUUUUAGUAUUCCUACACAACGAGACACUACAUAGUCCAGUCGAAUUAAGCAUUCACUAAAAAAGGAUGUGGUCAAAAAAAAAUUUCUGAUAAAACUUCAAUUCGCAUUUUCUACAGUCCAUGUAAUUGAAAGGAAAAUGUCCAGCCUACUAUUUUUCUGAAAAACUUUUUCAAUUAUACACCUUUAUCGUGGUCAGUUUCGUAUGUGGUCUGAAUGUACCCCAUUUGACUGGACUACUCUACCAUGUUUCCUUUAUUUAUUUUCCCGCAUAAUAACUCUGCAUUUAUACGGUAUUUUUUAUCAAGAUUAUGUGAUUAUUAACAUUUAUUUAUAUAUACUAUGUUAUUGAAGCUUCAUUUUUUUUUCAUCUGUUUUGAUCAGGGUAACGCAUAACAGUGAUCUUUUGCUUUGGUUUCAAGGAAAGAGGGACAAUGUCACUAAUCUUAAGUACUUUUGGAUCAUAUUUAAUAACCAAUAUGUAUUGUGAUGGCAGUAUUAAAUUUCGUAAUAUCCGGGAGAGAAGUCUUAGAGUACUUAAAUUAUACCUUAUACGAUUUUUUAUUCAGUGAAAGCCAAAUACCACUGAUGUCGUAAUGUAUACGAGAGAGAAACACGAGAAGCGUGCUUUAGUGUAUUAGAAAGAGAUGGAAGCAUCUUAUUGCCUCACCAUAUAUGACUGCUUUUAAUACGAUGUUCAUUUAUUUCUUCUUUGUAACUUUAUGAAGUGAAAUAAGUACGUGGAUGCAUGAAUUUUUGAAGAGGUACCGAAUGCAGUAAAAUUUGUUUUCAAAAUUCUGUAAAAAGAAAAUUCUAGUAGCUCGAGAUGUUACUCUUUAUUUUUUCCUUGAAAAAAAGGCAAUGGAAUCAUUCCAAACUUAACGACGUGUUAACAGCGGUGCAAUUACCUAUACAUAAAGCAAAAGUUUGGUUGCUUGUUUUUUGCAAUCUAAUAUAUAUGUUAACAGUUUUGUAUUGUGUAUAUUUUUGAACAAAAAAUACCUAUGAAACUGUACUGGUUAGGAAUGUUAUAAAGAUCAAAUUAAAUUAAGCUUUACUAUAAAUUCUGGUGUUUAUUUUCCUGCUUUGUAUCACGAGAAACAGUCUGCAUAUACUGUAUGUUACCAGUAAUACUGUACAACUCGAGCAUCAUAGGGAAUGUAAAUAGCAACACUUCCUUGGGGCUGGC